GCACUCGCGAUGGCGGUCUAUUAAAGACUGACCAGUGGCCGCAUCUCUUGUCUGAGUUUCUCUCUUAGAAGAUAUCCUCUUUCGAGGCCCCCCUCGAAACACCACCUAAACAAUCAUCCAACAUGGCCCAGGCCUCGCCUUCGUGGCAGAGGCUGUUGGGGCUGCUAUCAGUGCUCCUGGCACUGAUCCUCGGCGUCUCGGCCGGGGAGCACGGUGCUGCUGCCACCGGCUGCCCCGCCCAUCUCGCAUCGGCCCCGGACAACACCUUUUCUGCCGGUUUCGACAACAGAACCGACGUUGCUGAGACUCAAGCAGAGCGCUCGCACGUCGAGAAGCUCGCGGCGACUAGCCUGCACGGCAUGGGCGCCCGAUCCAGCUUCGAGGCAUUCCGAGUCGAGAUCCCUGCCUCGUGCAACACCCCCAGCAUGAAGAGCUCCCUCAUCGAGCUCCCCAUCAGCUUCGCCAGUCUGCACAUGCACCUGCAGAACAUCCGGACCAAAUAACCUCGAUGGCGGUUUGCCCAACACCCAAACCGCCGACACGAGAUGAACUACUUCACCCGUGUUGGAUUCGAAUCUACGAUCUCCGACACACUUACACCCUAACGUCGGGGUGUGCUUGGUGUACCAUGAUAUACACACUGAGCAAGUCCCGAGCCCGACUGCCCACAACAGGUGAGCAGUCACACAACAAUCUUUCUACGGCAGAAACGACAUGACUACAACGAAACGAAAUUCACGAUCAAAAAAACAACGCAACGAAACACGAUGUCACGGACAAUAUCCCCCGACCACAUGACUGGUUGGGAAGUACGACAAACAGACUUUUCUUUACCCUCUCAGAUACCAAAAUCUUCUCCCUCUUCACCGAGGUCUCAGCCAUUUGGCUCUUUAAAUACAUCUUCUUUGUCUUCAACAAGACUUUCCAUCUCAGUGCCAGUGAAUAAAAAUAAAGCAUCGUGAGAUUGCCAAGCUUGACGUAUGUCCAUC